AUGUAUGAAACAAUUCGGCCAAAAGUUGUACAUACAGCUGUUAAAUAUCUUGUCGAACAGGAACUAUAUAAAGGCGAAGGUAUCAUUAUAUCCGAUGAUUGGUUGAAUGAGUAUUCUAAUGAACGAGAAAAUUUCAUUGUUAAAGAUGAAGAUAAAAAAAUUGAUGCGAAUGAAAUCAUGAAGAAAUCAGAAUUUGAUGAUAAUGAUGCCAAUUGGAAUGAAUCCGAUGAUAAACCAAUCAAUCCAGUAGCUACCGAAACAUUAUUAAAUGAUGAGAUUGAAGAUCAGAAUGAUAUCGGUAUUAAAUUUGCUCCAGCAGAGAAUAACAGACCGAUAUCAAUUUUGAUGGAUAUGAAAGUUGAUGAAUUAACAUUUCCAAAAAUUUAUUGUGCAGCAGAAACAAAGCGGUCAGAACUUAUUGUAAUAUUGGCUAACGUGUUGGGAAAUAAAGUCAUAACAUUAGAAGAAGCAGAGAAUAUGAGCUAUGAAAAGAAGUGUGAUCUAAUAAGACAAGAUCCUGUAACAUGCGUUCAUUAUUUUGAACAUAGAUUAAAAUGUCUAUGGGAAAUAUUAUCAGCUCCUUCUGGUCCAUUUCAAGGCUAUGAACUAGAAGACAAAUAUGUCAGAAUUGAAUUUCAAGCUCGUGGUUCACCACAUGUUCAUGCCUUGAUAUGGUUAAAAAAUGCUCCAAAAUACGACAAAAAUAAACCUGAAUCAAUUAAAGAAUGUAUAGAAUUUAUUGAUAAACUGAUUUCAGUUAGUUCGAAACCAACACAAUUUUCUGAAGAACUUAUAAGUUUGCAACGUCAUAAACAUUCACAUACCUGUAAAAAAUAUGUGAACGGUUGUAUUAAAUGUCGUUUUAGUAUUCCAUAUUUUCCGAUGAGAGAAACUAUGAUUUUGGAACCAUUUAGUGACGACGAAAAGUUAACUAAAAAAGAACGUGAAGAAAUAAGUAAAAAGAAGGAGAACGUAAUGAAAGAACUUGAAAAGAUAUCAAAAGAUAUCGAUAACUCAUUAACUUUUGAUGAAUUCUUGGUACAUAUUAAUAUGAGUGAAAAAGAAUAUAUUAAAAUGAUUCGAGCUGACUUAAAAAAAGCAAAGGUCUUCUUGAAACGUGCUCCAAAUGAAAUCCGAAUCAAUGCAUAUAAUCCACAAAUAAUGCCAUUACACAGAGCAAAUAUGGACAUUCAGUUCAUUCUUGAUUCUUAUGCAUGCUUAAAGUACUGUGUUGAAUACAUCAACAAAUCUGGAAAUGGCAUGUCUGAACUUCUACGAGAAGCAUUGAACGAGUUAAAAAAAGGCAAUAACACAGUCAGAGAACGUCUUAGAGUUAUUGCAAAUAAAUUUUUGAAUUCAAGUGAAAUUUCUGCACAAGAAGCUGUUUAUCAUAUUUUAAGUAUUCCACUUUCCAUCAGUAGCAGAAGUACUGUUUUUAUUAAUACAAACAGACCUGAAAAUAGAAUUUCUAUGCUCAAAUCAGAUGAAAUUCUUCAAAAAUUGGAGCCUGAUUCAAAAGAUGUGUUUGUUGAGGGCUUAAUUGAGAUGUAUGUUAAUAGACCUGACGAAAUGAAAAAUGUUUGUCUGGCUGAUUUUGCUUCGAUGUAUAAUAUUUCAAAGAAAAAAACAGAUAAUGAUCGAAUUAUAGAAAAUUCUGAUGACGAAGAUAUCACUGAAAAUGAAAGUGAUAAUAGAACUGCUCCUGUGAAAAUGAAAAAUGGUAAGGGUUGGAUUAAAACAAGUAACGCUCGUCGCAUUGACUCGCUUGACCCUCGACUGAAUGGCUUAGUCUAUUUACAUAAUAAGUUCCCUUCUGGAAACAACUGGUGA